AUGAUCACGAAAUUUUUCAAGGUUAUUCCAACUCCUCAAAGUCCUGGUUCUGGUUCUAGUCCUCCUACGCCGAGUUCUUCUCCAUGUCCAAUUAUUCAUGACAAUAUCAAUCCUUCGGCGGUAUCAAACAAAGAAAAAAUGUUGAAUUUGAAUCUUGAACCUGAUCCCGCAGAAAGAAAGCAAAUUUCAGAGUAUCCUCCGAAUUUACGUGACCGAGUGAGAAGAUAUUAUAUUCAACAAGGACCUUGUCAAUCUCAUAAUUGUAGUUUUCCAAAAAGAGAUUUUGGUGGAUUUAUGCGUCAGUUUAAUCUUGAAUGGUUUAACACUUCAUACUCUGGAUGGUUAGAAUAUAGUAUUAAAGUUGAUGCAGCAUUUUGCUUAUGUUGUUACUUGUUUAAAAAUGAGCAUGGAGGAAAUGAAAAAGUUGGGGAUUCUUUCACAAAGAGUGGUUUUAGAGCUUGGAAUAAAGCUACAGAAAGGCUUAACGCACAUAUUGGAGAGGUGAAUAGUCUUCACAAUAGAUGUUUUAUGAUGAUGAGAGAUUUAAUUAAUCAAGAACAAUCAAUUCUAACCUCUUUUGACAAGCAGUCUAAAAAAAAUUAA